AGAGACAAAUGAAUAGAUAUGACAGAUACUGUAAAAUUUAGAACUUAACCAAAAAAGAAGUUUGAUAUAUAUAUAACUUUAUCCAAAACAACAACAAACAUGAAGCGUACGUACGUACACAUCAAAAACUUAUAUUAGCACCAAAGUUCUUGAUUCAAGGAGAUCCUCUCACAGCUAUACCUUUUUAAAAUGUUUUCUUAACAACCAGAUGCCAAAAUUAAACAAUAACUAAAUAUAUUUGAAGUGAUGAUGUAGGAAUUACCUGAUAAUAUUCUUGGAUGCAGAGAACAUAUACAUCAGAAUAGAACCUCCGAGAACUUGCCGAGAAUUUAGAGCAUGUAUAAAUGAAAUAACAUCACACGUUAGAAAGAAUAAGAACCCAAAAGAUUGAAAAUUGAGGGAAAAAGUAACACAGAAGGAAGUUUGAUAGGGUGGAAUAUUGCAUGUGUAUAUAGAGAGGGAUAUGAGUGAAGAUAACAAUCGCAACCCAAACAGAAGGUUCGCCAUUCUUGGCGUCUCUUCGAUCCUCCUUGUGGCUGUGGUGGCUGCGGUGGCUGUUACUAUAAACCAAGGAGAUGAACCUGAAAGUGGAGGUCAUAUCGUUAGUUCUCAAAGAACAAGUGUAGACCUACUUUGCCUGUCAACAGAAUACGCGAAAACAUGCAGGAAAAGCCUUAAAAAUGUAGCUGCUAAAGGAAACAUAGACACGAGGGCUCUGGUGAAAGCUGCGAUCAAUGCCACGGCGGUGGAACUUCUGAGGCACAUAAGCAACUCGUCCCUUUACAAAGACCUGGGGAAGGACAACAUGACAAGACAAGCCAUGGAUAUUUGCAAGGAGGUGUUUCAGUAUGCGGUUAAUGGUAUUCAGAAAUCUGCUGAUACAAUAGACAAGUUUGAAUACGGGAAGCUGAGUGAAUACAUGUAUGACCUAAAGGUUUGGAUCGCGGGGAGUCUCACGCACCAGCACACGUGCUUGGAAGGGUUUGUGAACACGAGCACCAAGGCCGGUGAGACAAUGAUUAAGGUUUUGAACACCUCUUUGGAGCUUAGCAGCAAUGCGUUGGACAUGGUGAAUGUGAUCUCUGGUGUGCUGAAGGACCUUAACAUGACCUCGUUUGGGAAUAGGAGGCUUCUCUCUCAGGACAUACCAGCUUUGAAUGAUUAUCCUCCGUGGUUGAGUGAAGAAAAACGGCGUCUUCUUCAGAUGGGAACUGAAACUCCUGAUGCAAUUGUGUCCCAAGAUGGCACUGGCCAGUUUACAUCUAUCAAUGAUGCUCUUCGGUCUGUUCCCGCUAACAAUGAAAAACCUUUUGUGAUUUACGUCAAAGAAGGUGUGUACAAGGAAAAUGUUGAAAUGACCGUACUAAUGACCCAUGUCACAAUCAUCGGAGAUGGUCCGACAAAGACCAGAUUCAGUGGCAGUUUAAACUACGAUGAUGGCGUCCAAACCUACAAAACUGCUACUUUUGCGGUUAAUGCUCCAAACUUCGUGGCGAAGGAUGUUGGAUUUGAGAACACGGCAGGGUCCGAGAAACAUCAAGCAGUGGCACUGCGAGUAACAGCAGACCAAGCUGCGUUUCUGAACUGCCACAUGGACGGGUUCCAAGACACGCUAUACGCUCAGUCACAACGCCAAUUCUACCGCGAUUGCUCGGUGACUGGGACGAUUGAUUUUGUGUUUGGAGAUGCCGUUGGAAUGUUCCAAAACUGCAAGCUGAUUGUGAAAAAACCGUUGAGCAAACAACAGUGCAUGGUGACAGCCGGUGGGAGAGCGAAAGCCGACAGCCCCACAGCCCUAGUUUUCCAAGGUUGUCUGUUCACAGGAGACCCUGAUGUGUUUAGCAUGCCGGAAAAGGUGACAUACCUCGGAAGGCCAUGGAGGGCAUUCUCUAAGGUGGUGAUCAUGGAUUCCCAGAUUGACGACAUCUUCAUACCAGAAGGGUACAUGGGGUGGAUGGGAACUGAGUUCAUGGACACUUGCACAUACUUAGAGUACAAUAACAGAGGCAUUAAUGCAGACACAUCACUCAGAGUUAAAUGGCCUGGUGUUAGGACUCUAACAGCAGAAGAAGCAGCUUGUUAUUAUCCUGCAAGGUUCUUUGAACUUGCUAAUCCAAAUGAUGCUAAUUGGCUCGUUAGAUCUAAUGUACCUUUCAACAAUGUUGGCCCUGCGACUCCCCAGUAGUUAGGUUAGCCAGUAAGAAACUAAAUUAUGUGACAUCAUUUGAGGAUCAUUGUCGAGUGUCAAAGAUUCUAGUGUCAAAGUAUCAUUGUCGAGUCACUAACACAAGUGAGGAUCAUCUACCUCACAGGGGUUAUAGUCAUAUACAUACUCUAGAUUCCUCUUAAGGUUAGUUCUGAAAGAUAUAUACAUUCUUAUUUUACUAUUGUAUAUAUUAUCAUAUUCUCUUGUAAAAAUGAUAGGUGAAUGUGUCAAUAUGGGAUGUAUUGGGAUGUACUGCUCUUUCUUGUAAACUUCACUAACAUUCAUAAUUGUUUAUUAUACAAUUCAGUAUC